AUGGACAUCGUGCCGUUUACAACGGCCGCGGGCAACAACGGUGACGGUGGUGUUGGUGGCAGACAGGAGCAGGAAGCGAACCAGUACUUCUUGCAUUUGUUGCAGGAGAAUACUCAGGUGAACUUGUUCGUGAAUGACCCCCGCAUUCAAAGUGCCUUGGAGCUUCGCGCGGAACAAAGACAUCGAUUUGUAUUGGACAACGUUUACGCCGAAGCCAACGCAUACAUUGCACACCUAGAGGCAACAGCGGAUGCGAACCAUCGUCAACAGCUAGCAUUUGUGAGCCAAUCCACACACCUAUUGGUGGGACAGCUACACAAUGAAGUACGAGUGCUAGAGACAAUCGCCCGAGCAGAACGACAAUCAGCCAAUGAGCUGCAGGCACAGCUGGCACGCGCACAAAGGGAAAGUCAUGAUGAAAGGUCUAUGGCCAUGCAGUUUGAUGCACAUCGGUCCGAGCUGAAAGCAGCAGCGCGCACGCUCACUGCGGAAAACAGACAGCAUGAACGCCGUUUCGCGGAAUUGCGCUCGAGUAUCGAAGAAAACCACAGUGAGAUGAUUGCCUUUUUAGGGUCUGAGUUUGAGGAAAAGCUUCAAUGGGAAGAGAAUGAGUACUACCAUAGGCUAACCUCUGAGGCACAGCAGUACGAUAGCUUGGUUGAUGACCUGCAGGACAGGAACGCGGAGCUUAUAGCUGAGGUCGACUCACUCAGGACUGUCUUGUCGACAGCGGAGAGUAGCCCACCGCAAGGUGGUGCCGUGCCGGUGAAAGUCGAUCCCAGUGAGAGCUCCAAGCUUCAACCAAGCCCACCGCAAGGUGGUGCCGCAGCGACAAGCCCUGCUACGCUUUCCAGCGUGGGAAGUGCCCACGAGGUGAUAAGUGGAGGUAAAGGCGGUAAAGGUGGGGAAAAGAAGGACACCUCCAAGAUUCCUUGCAUCUUUUUCCCCAAAGGCACCUGCAAGAACGGUAAGAAUUGCCCAUUCAUGCACAAGGAUGCCGCUCCCUCUGUCCCGGCCAAAGGCGAUAAGGCUGGCAAGGACGGGAAGAGAUCGCCCUCCGGCAAGCGCAGGCGACCCAGUAAGAAAAGGCCAAAGAGUGAGGACAAGCCAGCCGCUUGCUGUCUUUCCCUCACAGCCACCCUCACGGGUGAGUCACUGGCCGAUGCUGUGAAAGCCUACGCAGUAGCAGCCCGCAAGGGCCCUGCCGGAAAGCCCCGAAGCAGAAAGGUCCAGUUCCUAAGGCCAGAAAUCAUUGACAUCCCGCCUGAAGGUGAAGGCUGGAGCUUCGUACCAGACAAGCACAAGUUCGAAUUCAGGUACAAGUCUGCGGAGCUAUGCCCACCAUCAAUUCCAGAGGACACCGAAGAAGCUUUGCAGAAUGCCCGUGUCGGGGUAGAGAAGGAUUCUGCAUUCACUGCAAAGAAGCAAUUCCCCUGCCCCAACUUGCUGCAGCGGACCAUUGAUGGCAUGCUUAGCGGCAAAGUCCUCAGUCCAGCUGGCGCGGCAGAAGAUCCCAUCGAAAAGAUGGCGAAUUGCAUUCCUCCCAUUCCUGGGGUGGAAACGAGGCAACUGCUAAAGGCAGGUUGGACUGUCAUCAACGGCAGCCCCGAUGACGUGUGGUCUUUGUUGGAGGAUUCAGUCAACAUUGACGAAUUGGACGGAAUCUAUGGGGAAGCGCAAGCCGACAGCGAUGUCGAGCCAUACACAAUGCCAAAGUCUAAGAAGGACGAACAACUUAGCGAAGACCUGGAUGAAAUGUUCCCAGAGCUAUUUGGUCCUGAUCGUGAUAAAGAUCCUCCGCCGAAGGACGCGAAAGAAGCCACCCGCAAGGGUGAGUCAAAGUCUGAUUCCCGUGCAGCAUUGCUUGAUGAUGUUCCGUUCUCUGUGAAGCAGAAGCUGAAGUCCAGCGCAGCAGUAGCAGCGCAAGAACCACCGUAUGGUUAUACGUGGAGUGGGGAAUGUUUGGUCAAGAAGAACAACAAGAACCGCCCUAACGCUAUUGAUCAUACUGCAUGGAAGGCUAUGUCGAAAAGACAAAGAGCAACAGCAAUUGCAGAACAUGAGAAGAAGCUACAUGAGGAGAAUGAGGCACUGUAUCGUGAAGCUGUAAAGGUGGAUUGGUGGGACGGCGAAACCUACUUCGACCUCGCAGGCCGGGAACAGUCUGAUUUCGAGCUGGCAGUUGCAGCUGCCCGCAAGGGCAAGCCGGUUGGGCAUUUCAAGCUACUGAAUGUUGGUACAGCCGAACAAGUGGCGGAUGUGUUCACGAAGCCUUUCACUGAAAAGAACAAGUGGACGCAUGCCUUGAAGCUUAUUGGACAUACAACCAGCGCGAACGUAGCCGGGUGCAAACCCGAGUCGAAGGUCGAGGUCGACAACAAGGUUUCGGUAGCAGCAGCUCCGGAUGCAUCAAAGGUUGUCGAGGACUUCGCUAAACAAUCGUUCGAGGCUAACGAUUACAGCUUCAAGACCUUCGAGAAGCUAAUGGCAGCCAUCGUUGUGAGCGACGAGUUCUGCAGGGUCAACACCUCCGAAGCAGACAGGGCUGGAGUUACCAAGGCCAUGAAAACCAUUCUCCAAUCCGCCGCCCUCAACAACGAUAUCAUUUCGCUCGGCGCCGAUCAUGAGAGCCAGCUUUUGGAGUCGGCGUACAGCUGCGUAUCCACACAAUGCGCGGCUGGGGUAUCCUUGACCCAUGCCGACGCAACCUGUGUGGCUCUGCGCCAGAUGGCUGACCUCAGUGACGAGGGACUCGCCAAGUUGAAGCCAACCGCAAGGUUGAGCCCCAAGGCCAAGCGAGCCAUCAUAGUCGUGUCAGACAGCUCCACUGCACUUUGCAAGAAGAACAGGCGGGGAGUGUUCGUCAAGGCCGACUUGGAUGCGGAAGUGAACAUCGCAAGCUGGACGCUGGGAUGGGCACAGACUCGCUACACCAUGUGUUGGGGUAAAACCUUGGCGUGGAUUGUCUGGCAGGUCGAGGAGCAUGUGAAGGAGCUCCGGAGCAACUAUCCGGACCACACCAUCGACGUGAUCUGCUGGUGGUGCGGGAACGAGAUCUCCGGCCAGUGGGGCUGCAUCCCCACGCGGCUAGGACCGGGACUCGCCUACAGAGAUCCCAAUGUCACAACGGAGACCGUCGCACGGAAAGUGAGAAGGGCAGCGGAUGUUUUAGCCGCCCUCGCGGGCGAGCCGGACAUUGGUUUUGUGAAGGUGACUGGGCAGGUGGAGGCGGACUUGUUCCAACUCCACUCAGCCUACAACGACUUCAAUGCCGCUAUGUUCGAAGAGUUCAGGCAGCGCGGUCUGCAAGUGCAAACCGCGAGCUCCUUGGUCGAAAAGCUGGAAAUGUAUGACAGCUUUCACGCCAGUGAAGACCCUCGCAACCGCGAGUUAUUCCAGACCUACUUGCAUGCGACUUUCAAUGCAAGCAGGAGCGAAUGGCUUGCCCAGAAGAUGACACCCUGUGUCAGGGCUUUGCUUGUUCGCUAUGAGCACUUUGAAACUGGCUCCGGUGCCAACAAUCCAGUGCUCGAGGAUGUCCUCAAGCAGUGGCGUGCGGAGAAGGAUCAGCUCAUGAACCCGAAACAGGCAAAGCCAAUGCCGGUCACCCAGGAGGACAAGAUGUGGGAAGCCCCAGAUGCCGCUGACGCAACCGACGUCACUAAGAUCUCCGAGGGGCCACCCAUGGAUAAAGCCAUCCGCAAGGAUGUGCCAAGGAUCGGUGCAACCACUGAUGUUAGUGCUGUUGCGGAGUGCGUCAAUGACAUUGUCACCCAGGACGCAGACGGUAAGGUGUCCUACAAUACUCCGGGCACGGUGGAACUGGUGGAUGAGGGCGACCAAGUCGACCCCAUCCCAUCAUCGGUUGGACGUGUUGUUGAGCCAGCGCCUCCCAAGAAGACUAAGAAGUCUGACCGAGAUGAGGACGCCAUGCGAAGGCUCAUGUUCAUUGAUGAAAGCGCCCCGCAAGGGGCUGCCACUGUGCCAGAGCUUCCGAAUGAGUACUUCUACAACGGCAAGAAGCACUUGAUGAAGCCCUUUAACCCGGAGGACAUUGUGGGAGACAGGCACGUGACAUUCAAACACGGUGACCUGAAGUUCCUCACCAAGCUGCUGCGUGGCCAUGAAAUGGACGACUUCCCUGCAUUGAUCUUUGACCGUGGGUGCUGGGCAGACGUUGACACUCUGCUCCAGGUCUUCAACACGGCACGGAACGCACGCUGGGGUGUGAGGCAGCUGCUACGCGCAGCGAAAGCCGAUAACAAGGGACGGAUCAGACUUUUGGGCAUUGAUGUCCCCAUGAAGGACACCCUGGGUCAACCGCUAUUCCCUGUCCUGGUGAGGAUGGCCCAAGGGCACAACUCCAAGCUCAUCGGCAAUAACCCGGACGCGGACUUCUUCCUCGCGACCAGGUUCUACAGCGGAUUGUCCGAGUACGAGGCCGACCUGCAGAGCAGCGUCAGGGGGGUCACUGUGCUCUCCCGCGAGGAUACCCCCCCGAAGCUCUUCCACCGCACGAAUGAAAAGGGAAUGAAGGGGAUCCUCCGCGAUGGCAUGAUCGCCGGCUCCGCACGGUCAGACAGGUCCCACAACUACCUGUCCCCGUACAAGUUGGACGACACCCACUACAAGAGUGGAAUGCGCUCCAACCAGCCGAUCGAGCUGACGAUAGACACGCAGCGAGCAAUCGCCGCUGGAUGCGUUUUCUUCGUCACGGAGACCGACGGCGUCCUCACACGGGACAAUGUGCCUCCCGAUUGCGUGCUGUCCGCCAUCGACACCAGCAACAAGAACCUCCCGCUCUAUGUCGCCGAGCACAAAGAAGCCGCCCGCGAGGGUGAGCCAGAGCGCAUUUUCCGCGCCAAGCGCGACUAUGAGGAGGCCGCAGCAGCAAGCUCAUCAUCGGCACCGCCCCCAAAACAGGCGGCUAUCGCUCCCAAAGCGAUUGCUUCAAAGAAGAUGCCGAAGGUGGUUCCCAAGCCCGCCGCAAUCGCCGAGAAAGACGAAAGUAUGGACUUGGAUGAAGCCACCCGCGAGGGUGAGCCUGCUGAUGCUGCUGGUGCAUUCGACCUUGACGAAACCAAGGUUGAGGUUGAGGUUGAAGUCGAUGAAGGCGAUACAACGGAUGCGGGUGAGGAUGAGCCUUACCCACUUGGCUCUCACCCAUGCCGCGAGUGCGCAGCAGUCGUUGCCAAUGGCAUGCUGUUCUGCCUCCGUUGCAAGGCUCCCCAGACGGAUGACUCUAAGAAGAUCACAAAGCGAGUCUUUGAGAAUUCGAGACUCCGCCAGCGCCUUCUUGCCACCGCUGCGACCGGAGCCCAGAAGCCCAUCGAUGAUCUCCUUGCGAGUGACCUUCGAGGCCUGGGCGAGGGACCAAAGAAACGUGGUCAGAUGAGCGCAGAGGCUGCCGCCAUUCGUGACGCCAAAGACCGAAAGAUCAGGGCCGCCAAGUUGAACUUUGACACCGUGUCCGACCGCUUCGAGAAGGACGCGCAGUUCAACGUGAGGAUGAUGCAAGAGGGCCGCAACUUCGAGGACAUGCAGAAAUUCGAUCACCUGUCGAACGCUGUGCUUCCCGACCCAGGACGCAGUGAGGAGCAGCGCUACUUGCGUGCCGGCUCCCAUUAUGGUGGUGGCAAUGUCCCGCCUGCGAAGUUGGUCUAUUAUGCCCACUGCGAAGUGGAGCCGUUGAGGAACUUGCGGUUUAUCGAUGAUACCGCGGAUGUCCCCAUCGGCUUGACCUACCUCGGUGCAUUCCUCCCUCCGCGACUCUAUGCUGAGGUGGCAGCAGUGAAUGACGCUGCGAAAAGGAUCCUGACUUUCGACGGCGAGGUCUAUGUGUCGGCUACCACAACUGAAGGCAUCACAACUGAGAUCGGACAGAUUCUUACCGAUAGCCUCCGUAGUGCUCAGAACCAGACAGACCAAACGGAACGUUUGGCAGAGCGCAAUCGCCAGGCCGCAGUCCAGAACCGCCCAUCCCAAAAGGGACGUGGUCGCACGACAGCACCUGAGCCAAUGUACAGAGGCUAUACUCAGGCCCAGUGGGACGAGUACUAUCGCCAGCGUCGUGGAGGUUACACUCAGGCCGAGUGGGAUGCAUGGAACCGCACCCAUAGGCGCUGA